CAAAAAGACAUACUCACUAUAAAGCAAGCUAAACAACAAGAAGCACCGCUCCCAUUGACGCAUGCAUGCUUUCUCCUAUCCUUUUCUCUUCUUCUCUCCCCAUUUUCUUCUUAACUAUUUCCCUCCCAUGCCCUGAAUUCGCCGGAAAGUUUUGAACAGUACAGCUUUUCAUUUCUCUUGUAUAUAAAUUAUAUUGUAUGUAAAGAUGAAAGAAAUUGUAUUAAAAUCAUCUUUCACAAUAUCCAAAUGCAUCUUUUUCGGUAUCCUCAUAUCAAUACCUCUCCUCCUUUUUCUCUCUCAUCGGAAUUCUUUCUCCGCCCUCAUCUCCACAACCACCACCACCACCACCACAACAUCAAACUCCGAUUCGGAUCUCAAAAUUCGACCCGGAUACGCUACCUACGAUUCCUACAUCAAGAAACAGCUCAACAAGACCCUCAAUCCGAAACUACGAAAAAUAUGGACAACCCGUGACUGGGACAGGAAAAUUCAAGUUUUCUCAAAAUUCUUCGGCCAGCUUAAAACUAGGAGCCUUCUUUCAGCUUCAUCGAAAGUGCUCUGCAUUGGUGCCCGAAUGGGUCAGGAAGUUGAAGCGCUGAAGCGGGUCGGAGUAUCCGAUUCGAUCGGAAUGGAUCUUGUACCGUACCCGCCGUUGGUAGUGAAGGGCGAUUUUCAUAAUCAGCCGUUUGAAGAUGAGACGUUUGAUUUGGAAUUUUCUAAUGUUUUUGACCACGCGCUUUAUCCGGAGAAAUUCGUGUCGGAGAUCGAACGGACGUUGAAGGCCGGCGGAGUUUGUGUUUUGCACGUGGCGUUAUCUAAGCGGUCGGAUAAGUAUUCGGCGAACGAUUUGUAUAGUGUUGAGCCGUUGAAGAAACUGUUUAAGCGGUCCGAGUUGGUUCAUACUCGAACCGUUGAUGGAUUCGGUUUGGAUACCGAAGUUGUUUUCAGGAAAAAGAGUUGAUCGAACCGGUUCGGAUAUUUUUUAUUUUUUCUUUUUCUUUUUUUCCAGGUUGGAGUAAUGCUGGACAUUAAAUUCUUUUUGGACUUUAGUUAGUAGUUGUAGGACAAUAUAACUUUUAUUCUUUGAAGAACAAGUUGGGUAUCCUUUUCUCUGUCUGUGGCUGACUUUUUGGUUAUUGCUAUGUGCCUUUAUCAUUAUUACUUCUAUUUUUAUUUUUUUUAUACAAAGAAAAAUAAUACAAAAGAACUUCAUUCUUA